AUGAAUAUCACCACAAGGCCUCGAGUUCCCAACAGUAAUUCAGGACAUGAUGAUUCACGAAACCAACCAUCCAGCUCUUCAGACACUGGACACAAUACUGCAUAUGGAUACACUGGCCAGCAAGAAGAUUGGCGGGAAGGACCCAAAGAACCGAGAUUCAUCGUCAAUGCUCACACACCUAUCAUACACCAACCACAGCCGACCCGGAAGACACGAUCCCCCAUGCUAGACGUUGAAUCUCCUGGGACCGAGGAAAACAUGAGCACUACCGCAGUUCUAGGCGCUCCAAGACGCCCUAACGCACGUAUCACAUCUGAAGAUAUAAAAUGGAGCCUGUGGCUUAAUCCCAGUGCAGAAACAGCAACAAAAGAGCCAUGUCAAAUGAAGGAAGCAGACCAUCCCUCAAGGCCUGUCACUCCUGGUAUCAGCCACUUUUGGAACUCGUCAGAAGACCACGCAAAGACGUCGAAUUCACUGCGGAUCGAAGCUUUACAACAGAGAUCUUCAAGCAUUUUCGCCAAACCACAAUUACAAUCAUCAGAAUCUGGCCUGUGCAUACUUGCAUCAGACAGUGUUCAGGAAGAGAUAUCGCAUCCUGGUCCUGAGCUCCCGCGAAUGCAGGCAGUAGGCCCCUUGCCGAGUGUGUCGACUGAAGUAGAGACUCGCAGUUUAUCGGGAAGCCCGAGCCAUGGUAUAAGCGAGUCUUUUACAAAGCCCCAAAGUGAUCCAGUUCUUCCAGUACGGAUGAAUCCACGAAUGACUCACAAGGCCCAGGAUCUAUUGGAUCUCUUGACGGAAAACGAAGAAAGACAUGGAGCGUCAAUUGAAAAGCGAGUUGAUUCAGAGACAAUGACAGAUGCUGAAGACGAGGACGAGAUUUGGAAAAGGUUCGUUUUCGACGACGAUCCUGCCGAGACCAAACGUAAAGCCUGUGAGGAGGCUACUGAACAAACGAAACGUGAUCUGGGUCUAGGAAAGACGAAGACUCUGUGUGCCAUUGAAGACCCAUUACUUCCUUCGAGCUCGGCAGCACCGCAAAGCGAUGUCGCAGAACCCCCUUCAGAAUCACGAGACCUAUUAGCUAAUAACAUCACGCUUGAUAUGACGAGCGAUCAGAUAGAAGAACUGUUGGACGCAGAUCAAGACCCAGAGUUGGAAGAAGAUCCAUCUUCGGAGGCUGCCGCAAGAACAGAUAUUACAGACACUAUCGACUCGACCACGGCGCAGCCGUCCUCACCCCAGCCGCCGCAGGCCGAAUUCAAAUUCCACCAGCCGCAACUCUUCACCGGAAGACUAGCUGGUGAAGUAUCCUCUCAUACACCACCCGUUUCCUUGUAUGCUCCACCAAAAUCGGGCAGACGAUUGAGGAAGCACCGGGAUAAGGGACGGCCUGAUUUCCGCGCCAUGCCUAACUAUGAAGAUGACCCAAUUGAGGAAGACUAA